UCGAGGUAAGACGCACACGGGGACGGAGCAGACCCGGGAGUCCAGUCUGCAGUGGACGUGCCUACCUGACAGCAUCUCCCCGAGGUACUUACUCUGAGAGUUUGUCCUCGCUGGGAGUCGGACUCUCUGGUUGAAUUCUUUCUUUCAUCCAGAUUUGAAAUGCGUCAAACUUUUUGGUGACUUCUCGCGGAGCCCUCUGCGCUCAUGGCUGCCAAUCAAGCAGGUCUCACGCGCUGCUGGAAAGGAUAUCUAUGAGGAAUAGUCCCGAGACAGUGUUCGUGUUUCUCCACAGUGUGUGAAACCAUAUGGAGCUCUCCAAACUUUGAUUACGCGCGGAAAUUACACCCCUGCAAUCUUCCUCGGAUUGACGCGCUGCUCGCUGAUGGAUGUGUUUUUCAGUUUGUGUUAAAACAGAAGAACAACGACUCUCAACAUCAGAGACUGGACUAAUCAUUUCAGUGGUUUCUGGAGAAGUCUCUCAGGGGGGCAGACUCUUUUGGAAAAGAGCCACUCGUUGUGUCACCGCAGGUUAGGCUGCGUGGACAAGCUGGGACGUUUCGCGACGACAUAGCCGGAAAAGAUGCUCUCUGCUCGGGCGCAGCGUGACCCAGGUCUCGCUCCUCUGGUUCUCCUGCUCCUGGUCGGGGGAUAUGUCGUGUCUUGCAUGGAGAGCAGCGACUACAGCGAGGCCGAGGUCCUCCCCGACUCCUUCCCUUCAGCGCCGGCAGAACCCCUCCCAGAGUUCCUGCUGGAACCGGAGGACGCCUUCAUCGUGAAGAACCGACCCGUCCAGCUGAGGUGUCGAGCUUCACCGGCAACGCAGAUCUACUUUAAAUGUAACGGAGAGUGGGUCAACCAGAACGACCAUGUGACCAGAGAGAGUCUGGACCAAGUCACAGGUCUGGUGGUGAGGGAGGUAGAUAUCUCUGUGUCGAGGACCCAGGUGGAGGAGUUGUUUGGGUUGGAGGACUACUGGUGCCAGUGUGUGGCCUGGAGCUCUGCUGGCACCACCAAGAGCAACCGUGCCUAUGUCCGCAUUGCAUACCUGAGGAAGAACUUUGAGCAGGAGCCGCUGGGGAGGGAGGUGCGACUGGAGCAGGAGGUGCUGCUGCAGUGUCGCCCCCCGGAGGGCAUGCCUGCCGCAGAGGUGGACUGGCUGAAGAACGAGGACCUCAUCGAUCCAUCCCAGGACUCCAACUUCCUGAUCACCAUCGAUCAUGAUCUGAUCAUCAAACAGGCCAGACUGUCGGACACGGCCAACUACACCUGUGUGGCUCGUAACGUGGUGGCCAGAAGGCGCAGCAGCACGGCUACUCUCAUUGUUUAUGUGAGCGGAGGGUGGUCGUCUUGGACCGAGUGGUCGGAGUGCAACGCUCGGUGUGGGCGGGGCUGGCAGCGACGGACACGCAGCUGCACCAAUCCGGCUCCUCUGAACGGAGGCGCCUUCUGCGAGGGUCCGCCUUUCCAGAGAGUGACCUGCACCACGCUGUGCCCAGUGGACGGAGGCUGGACCGAGUGGGCAAAGUGGUCUGCCUGUGGGACCGAGUGCACCCACUGGCGCAGUCGCGAGUGCCAAGCUCCCCCGCCCAGGAACGGAGGGAAGCACUGCAGCGGCAGCAUGAUGGAGAGCAAGAACUGCACCGAGGGGCUGUGUGCGCGCAAUAAAAAGAUUUCUAUUGAACAUGCAAGCCAUCCGCUGGCUCCCGGGAUGGGUGUCGCGGUCUACGCCGGUCUGGUGGGGGCCCUGCUGCUGUGUGUGAUCCUGGUGUUGUGCGUGGGAGUGCUCGCAUAUCGCCGCAGAUGCCGCCAUCUCCACGGAGACAUCACCGAUUCUUCUUCUGCUCUCACUGCCGCCUUCCACCCUGGCAACUACAAGCCUCCCAGACAGGAUAACCCUCACCCUCUGCACCCCUCGGCUCCUCCAGACCUCACGGCCACAGCGGGGGCUUUCCGGGGCCCGCUCUUCUCCCUGCAGCAGGGGGUGAACGACAGCCCGCACAAGAUCCCCAUGACCACCUCCCCUCUGCUGGACCCUCUGCCCAGCCUUAAAAUCAAGGUGUACAACGCGUCCACGCUCUCCUCCCUGGAGCUCCCCCCGGACAUGUACUCCUGCGACGGGGAGAUCCUCAGCCUGAAGUCGGUGGGCACCAUAGGGAGAGAGAGGGACUACCACAGCCACACGCUGUCCAGAGAGCCCGGGCUGAGCACCAGCGCCACUCUGGGCGCCCUGGGAGGACGCCUGACCAUCCCAAACACAGGUGUGAGCCUCCUGGUCCCGCCCGGUACCAUCCCCCAGGGGAAGUUUUACGAGAUGUACCUCAUCAUCAACAAGUGGGACAAAACGACGCUUCCCUCAGAAGGCAGUCAGACCGUGUUGAGUCCUGUGGUGAGCUGUGGCCCGUCUGGUAUGCUGCUGAACCGUCCUGUGGUUCUUACUUUGCCGCACUGCGCCCAGCUCGACACACCGACGCCUGACUGGACCCUCACACUCAAGACUCAGACGCACCAAGGGGCCUGGGAGGAGGUGCUGACUGUGGGAGAGGAGACUCUGUCGUCUCCAUGCUACCUGCAGCUGGAGGAGGAGUGCUGUCACGUGCUCAUGGAGCAGUUGGGGACGUACGGCUUGGUGGGACAGUCCUGCCCUCCACAGCCGGCCUGCAAACGGCUGCAGCUCGCCCUGUUCGCCCCCAGAGCCCCCUGCCUCUCCCUGGACUACAGCCUCCGGAUCUACUGCAUCCAUGACACCCCACAUGCACUCAAGGAGGUGCUGGACCUGGAGAGGAGUCUAGGCGGGGUUCUGCUGGAGGAUCCCAAGCCGCUGCUCUUCAAAGACAGCUACCACAACCUGCGCCUGUCCAUCCACGACAUCCCUCACACUCACUGGAGGAGCAAACUACUAGCAAAGUAUCAGGAGAUCCCCUUCUAUCACAUCUGGAGCGGCAGCCAGAGACCCCUGCACUGCACCUUCAGCCUGGAGAGAGGCAGCCUGGCUGUGUCUCAGCUCAGCUGUAAGAUCUGUGUGCGACAGGUGGAAGGGGAGGGACAGAUAUUCCAGCUGCACACGGAUAUUCAGGAGACUCUACCCCCACACUCGCCCCUCCCAUCAGGAGGCUCCUGCCUGCCCUCCUCUCAGGUGGGACCCUACGCCUUUCGCCUGCCUGACUCCAUCCGCCAGAAGAUCUGUGCCAGUCUGGACGCCCCCAGCGCUCGAGGAUGUGACUGGAGACUACUGGCCCGCAGUCUGGGCUUUGACAGGUACUUGAACUACUUUGCGACCAAGCCGAGCCCCACAGGUGUUCUGCUGGACUUAUGGGAAGCUUGUCACCAAGCCGACGCGGACCUGGUCUCUCUGGCGACCGCGCUGGAAGAGAUGGGCAAAAGCGAGGUGCUUGUUGUCAUGACAACAGAUGGGGACUGUUGAUUGGUCAAGGAGCGAGAGCGAAAAGCAAGACUUUUCUUUUUCUUUUUUUCUUUGUUUUUCCCUCUCUCUCUCUCCACGCCGCCGCCGCCAUGAUGAACGUGAGAAUAUGCACACCCCGGCACGAUUCAGAGCAUUUUGUCUCCUCCACAUGAACUGCAUUACCUCUGCCUCAUCUAACCCCCCCCCAGAUCAGCCUCUGUAGCUACACACCGACCAUAACCUAUUCCCACGUGGGCCAUCCAAGGAUAACUGCUAACCUGAUUCAGCUGGAAUCCUCAAUGUAGCAUCUGUGAGAUGUGAAAGCAAUCUGAGGGUACGAAGGCGUAAAAUGGGUGUUAAGUAAUCUGUCAGCGCUGACGUUGACUGUCCUCGUGGAAGAUUGAAAAUUACACUCCUGUUGUAUAUAUCUAUGAUACAGCUCCGGGACAAACACAACCAUCCAUGUAUUCAACACAAGAAGACACACAACCACGACCACACAACAACACAAACGCUAACAUGGGAUUACCCGUGUUCGGUAGCAGCAUGAAAGCGCAUGAUUGAAAACCAUCUCACCUCACGGCAGAGGCUUUUUGUUUGCAGCGACUGACAGGCAGCACCGGUCUGUCUGCAACCUCCUCAGGCUACAGACGCACUCCAACACACACUCACUAAACGGCUCAUGUAUUGGCUCUACAUCACUCGGGCUUGGAUUUCUUUUCCAACCGUCAACAAACCUUACGGUGAGGACUGAAACCCUCGAAGUUUGAGGGCCGGAGCGGAUCGCUGCAGGCUGAAAGGAAAACAACGCUGCCUCUCUGCUGCGAUGUAGGCGGACGUCUUGUGAAGUCCGCUGAAGAUUUGGCGGAGAACUAGACCGAUUGACUCUUUAUAUUGUACCAACAAAUGCCUCAAAGCCUUGGCAUAUCAUUGCAACUCACAGGGGUGUUUCUCUUUCAUCUCUCCUCGCGUUCCUCUGUCGCUCUGCCACACUCCUCCUCUGAUCUGUCCAGAACAAACUGCAGGAGAGCUUUCCACUCAUCCCUUAAAAGUUUCCUUUGGGGAACGCUCUUUAAGUUAUUAUCCAUAUUUGUGGAUUCUUGUUUUUUUCACUGUCAUUGCUGUUUAAGGAUCACAUAGAACCUGUUCUGUCAUCUCUGCUUGACUUCUCAGCUGCUGUGUUUUAUUUCUGAGGGGUGUACCAUGAAGCCAGAUUAUGUGCUCAGCUUAAAGCCAGAGUUUGAGUCUUUCUACCUGGUGAGAUCCUAAACUCACGCUGCACACCUCACCUGUCCUGGACGGAGAUUUCUGCAGAGUCUCAGAUUUAAAUCUGGAGUGAAGCAUCAUCCUUUAACUAAUUCUCACCCUGAUGAAAUCCUCUGAGAGCGACGCAGAGUCUGAGCAGACAGAAUAUGUUAGGAGACGACUUAUUAAGCUGUGUCUUUAGCAACAGAUGCAACAAGAUGAAUUCAGUUGGAGUAGCACAAAGUGUAGCAUUGCAUCCCAUAAUUCUACAUGCAUUCACUCUCAUUGUUCCCUGUUUGCUUCAGGGUUUGAGACCGUCAGAGGAAACUGAAGUCAUUUCUUCCUCUUCCUCAUGAUGUGAUAGAAUCCUGACUUUACUGCUGCAUUAUGUUAAAGCUUUAAGAGCUCCACUGUGAGCAGUUGUCCCAUAUGAAACAAAUGGAGGCUGUGAGAGCGCAUCAGCAGUAAAACCCUCGUAUUAAUUCACAAAAUAUUCAUAAAGUUCUCUGCAGCGUUCCUCUCUCUCUCUGUUUUUGGGGAGUAAUAACUUCAUUGCUCAUUUUAACAGCGGCACAAUGAUUCCCCUUUGUUCUGAGAACACGUCAAAUGAUUCGUUUAACACCUCCUGUUAUUUGCAGCACGGUGUGCCUGCAGCAGAACGCCUGUUAACCCAAAGAGGUGAUGUUACACCUGUUGAUGUUCAAGGAUUCUCAAGCUCGAGUUCAUUAAAGGUGCUGUGAGGAGUUUGUCACUGAUUUGAGAAAAGUCUCACUUUUAUACCGAUGCAUCUUCACGACACUCAAGAGUUCUUCAUUUCAGCGUCUGUGUUCAGAGCUCAGCUGCUAAUGUUUGUCAGUGAGAGUAAAUGAUCAAGCAGGAGGAGUUUCUCUUCUUUAGAUCAUUUAUAAUGAUUCGUCCUCACGUCUGAUUCUGGAGCAGGAUUAUCAAACAGAUGGAGGAACUCUACAACCAGAGCUCUGCUAGCUAAAAGAGUUCAGAAUCAGAAUCAGCUUUAUUGUCGUUGUACAAGUACAAUGAAAUUUCGUCGAACUUCUCUCCAAUUAAAGAUAAGAAUUUAACAAGGGAAGAAAUGUUCAUCAGAGACGACAGCUAGUUUAUAAUCCUCCUGUCAGCCACCACCUCCACAGGGUCCAGGACUGAGCUGGCCU